AGAGAGAGAGCUCUUGAACUGCUGAUAUGGCUUCCAAAGUUCAACCAGUAGCUUCUUUCUUCUUCUUCUUCUUCUUCUUUUCUUUCUUUGUCUUGGGAUUCAUUUCCUCUGAAGCUCAAUCGGUACCUGCGUUGUACGUGUUUGGGGACUCCCUAGUAGAUGUUGGCAACAACAAUUACUUGAAACUCUCGCUUGCAAAGGCAGACUUUCCUCACAACGGCGUCGACUUUCCCGGCGGAAAACCUACAGGAAGAUUCAGUAAUGGCAAAAAUGCUGCAGAUUUUCUAGCUGAGAAAUUAGGGUUACCAACUGCGCCGCCAUAUCUCUCCAACACGAGCGGUGACUUCCUCAAAGGUGUUAGCUUCGCCUCAGGUGGUGCUGGAAUCUUCGAUGGCACCGAUGACCUAUAUAAACAGUCAAUUCCUUUGACAAAGCAAGUGAACUAUUACUCUACCGUCUACCAAAAACGGAUGGCAAAGCUAGGAUCUGGUGCAGCACAGCUGCAUUUAUCAAAGUCCAUGUUCGCCAUUGUGAUUGGGAGCAAUGACUUACUUGGCUACUUCAAAUCCGGGUCUGCCAAAUCCAAAAAAAGCACCCCGCAGCAGUAUGUUGACUUGAUGCUUUCCACCCUCAAUGGACUAAUGAAGAGCUUGCAUGGUCUUGGUGCACGUAAAUUUGUGAUGACAGGAAUUGGAGCAAUUGGGUGUUGUCCAACGCAGAGGAAUCAAAAUAAAACUGAAGAAUGCAAUGAAGAAGCCAAUUACUGGUCAACUAAGUACAAUACAGGCUUGAAAUCAAUGUUGCAGGGACUCAAAUCAGAGCUGAAGGAAAUCAAUUACUCCUAUUUUGAGUCCUACACUGUCUUCACCAACUUCAUUCAGCAACCAGCUACUUAUGGAUUCAAAGAGGUUAAAGCUGCAUGUUGUGGAUUGGGGAACCUAAAAGCUCAGAUUCCAUGUGUGCCCAUUUCAAGCUACUGCCCCAACAGAAGUGAUCAUGUUUUCUGGGAUCUAUACCAUCCCACAGAGGCAGCUGCUCGGAUCUUUGUUGACCUUCUUUACACUGGUUCACAACAAUAUGUAAUCCCCAUGAAUGUGAAGCAGCUAGUUUCUGUCUAAUUGGAAUGAAACAAGAAGCUGAUAUACAUGUUAAAUUGACUAUGUUAUUGUCAUGUCUGUUCUGUUCAGUUCUCACCACCAUUAAUGAUCAAAAGGACUAUAGGUUGUUUUGUAUUAA